AUGUCGUCUCCGCUAGAGGAGGUCGAGGCGAACCACGAGGGCUGUGGACAGUCGGAGUCCAUUGGGAGCUACGAUCCUCUGGAAGCGAAUACCGAGGACGUCGACGAAGACUUCUUGGCCAAUCACCUACGCUCCCCGCCGACGUUUCACGCAACCGAAGAGAUGCUAGAGAAAGUCGAGAGGAUUCAGAACAUUGGAACUACCGAGAAGAACAUGUAUCAGUCUCUUGCUUCCCUCUUGACCACUAUGAGCGAAGCGUUGUACGGUUCGUCAUAA